AUGGCUCCUCCCAGUAAUAAUGCUCAACUCCGCGCGCUGGUCAGCCAGUUCACGAGCUACACGGGGGCAAGCGAGAAAAUCGCCACCAAGUUCCUUAGACUCGCCGGCUACAAGAUCAACGAUGCUAUUGACGAGUACUAUCACCAGAACGAGGGUGCCGCACCCGCCACCUCGACUCUCAUCUCCGAGUUAGGGUCCUUGUUCGACAGCUUACGAGACGACGAAAAGGAUGGCAAGAACUCCAUGGAGCUGGCGUCGACUAUGAAUUACCUCAACAAUGAGCUGAAGGUGAACAUAGAAAACGCAGAGCUCUUCGUUGCUCUGGAGCUUUUGCAAGCACCUACCAUAGGAGAAAUUUCACGAGAAGGCUAUGUAGCAGGAUGGAAGAGUAGCAACGUCAACGCUUCACAUAAGGAGCACGCUAAGCAUCUCCGCAAAGUUAUCAAGGCGCUACCAAAAGAUGCCGCCCUAUUCAAAAGGGUGUACAAGUACGCGUUUGUCGUUGGCCGUGAGAACGAUCAAAAGUCGCUCAGUCUCGAUACCGCCCUCAUCUACUGGGAUAUGCUAUUUGCCCCUCCUGGCAUGCCAUGGAAGAAUGCGCACCGUGACUGGUUGGCGCUGUGGAAGAAAUUUUUGGCUGAAAAAUGGACGCGCUCCGUCAACCGUGACAUGUGGAACAUGGUGCUUGAGUUUGCCUUCAAGAGCAUCGAGGAUGAUUCCGUGUCCUUUUGGAACGAAGAUGGUGCCUGGCCAAGCGUCAUUGACGAAUUUGUGGAGUGGUGCAGGGCCAACGGUGUUGGCAAGCCUGAGAAGAUGGAGGUUGAUGAAGCGUAG